AUGUUUAACUUUGACGCGGAUCUUUAUAACAUUGAUGCUCACUUUACAGAUGAAGCCACUUCAAUAGUCACAUUUAACAAUGUUACAAACAUUGGAACAAUAGUUCUUGUUGGACCAAAAAAUACCGGCAAAUAUUCUGUUUUCGGACAAAUAUUUGAGAAAUUUAGAAGAGCCCCCGGUCUAUCAAAAGAAAAACAUGAGUCUAAAAGAAUGGAAAUUAGGAAUACAAUGUUUAGAUUCCCAAUCCAAUACACAGCACAAGUUCCAACAGAUUUGCAACAGCAUCGUGAAUAUUUCGAAGGUUGCAAGACAUUGGUUUACGUUAUUGAUGCAAACAAACCAGUAGAUACUGACGCAGCAAACGCAAUUCAAUUUAUUCGAAAUUCUCUUAUUGAUAAAGUAUCUGUUCAUGUAUUAUUCAAUCAGUCUGAUCUCCUCGGAAGCAAUUUAGAUACAGUAAUUCAAAACCAAACUACUUUGUUAAAACCUAUCUUCAAUGACGCUGUUUUUCAUACUACUUCACUGAUGGAUGGCUCGACUGUUCGUGCCAUUGUCGAAAUCCUACAGUCAUCCAUCCCUCAAUCAUCAAAAAUGGUUGAAUCUAUGGAUAGAUUUGCGAAAAGCCUUGAAUUGAAGAACUGUUUCUUAAUUGAUCUUCAAACUAAGCUUCCUUUCCUUACAGGCGGUGACCAGCUGUCCCUCGAAACCUAUGUUAUGGUACAACAUGCAACAGAAAUGUUUGUUUCAAUGGCAUCGAUGAUGGAUGCGAAAUCUGCCCAAUCUACAAUGUCUAUCGAAAUGGAUGGAGUGCAUUACCAUCUAUUUUGGUCGACAUUUGACGUAAUUUUAGUUGGAGUCUCAGAUAAACACAUUCCGACUGCUACGUCUAAAAAUAAUGUGUUAGCGCUACUUAAUACACUUAGAAGAAUCCUUCAACAAUAA